AAAAAAAAAAAUAGUUUCCGGGUUGACGUCGUCCGAGAAAAAGGCGGCAUUUGAAGCUGAUUCAGGGGCGCUAAAGAAAUUCGUUUCAUUGUCUUCUAAGCUGCUUCUCAAUCUUUUUCUCUUCCAAACUUCAGCACGGCACAUUUUGGGAUAGAAGGGACAAGAAAAAAGUGCUUUUGGCGUGUUCAAUUCAUAUUUAUUACCGCCGUCAGCUCAGUGGGCUUAGCUAGCGUAAAAGGUUCGCCACCUACAGUAGCUGAGCAAACUCGACAAAAUGUCGGACGGCAAGAAAAUGAAGGAGAAAAGUUUCAGAGUGGAAGACGUUAGGAAACUAUUUGACUUUUCUCCCACUACUGACAAGAAUAAAGCGCCCCACUGUGGAUCAGACGAUCUCCAACGAGACAAAAUCCCAGGGGAGGACAAAGCUCCGUUGAUAAAAAGAGCCGCCUCCGAGCUUGGCCAUGAAGAAACUGCAGUUGCCUCUGGGAGUGAAGUUCACAACAUGAUGAAGGACUUUGGAGGCGACAUCAACAAAGUGAUGCGCACCAAGCGCAAGCGCCUGGAAAGCCUCUCCAAGACUUACAUAAACGAAGGGCAGCAGAAGAUUGAGCAACUUUGGAACGACUCGUACAGGCGGAGGAAGAAGAUGACGGACGACUGUUCUGAGCAGUUGGCGGCGGUUCUGCAGCAGUGGCAGCGGGCGUCCCAGCAGAUGGACGAGCAGGAGAAGAAGCUGAACAAUCUGAUGCGGCAGCUGCAGACGGUGGUCCAGCAGAUAAAAGCUGUUCAGAACCAGAAACUGGAAGCCAUCCAAGAGCUCUUCAAGCAACUGGUCCAAGUUGAAACGAACAUGGAGGAGAUGGAGAAGGGCCCAGGGGGGCUCCUGCAGCAGGCCCAGCAGGAUCUGAGCAAGGAGAUGGCCGCCACGCAGAAGAAGAUCCUCAGGGAGGCCCAACAGCAGGAGUUGGCUUGCAUGCGCAAGUCCUUGGAGACCAUGCUCUUCUGAGCUCCUCACUUCAGCGCAUCUUGGUUCUCCUUUCUCGCUGGUUUCUGCGGACACGCAAUUGUUCUGGCGUUGGCCGCGCGUCAUUUUUGUUAGCCUCCGGGCGGCGCUGUUUACGCUCACCUGUUUUGGAAAGAAUUAAAAAUGCUCAUUUGAGUUCUGAGAUUUCCAAUCAAAACAAAACCUCUUUUACUGUCAUCUGUCUAACUUUUUAAAUCUUUUGUUCACCGUCAGGAUACACAGACAGGCAUCCGUAGAAACUCACUCACCUAAGGAGAAUUGAGUCUUCAGUCAUUCGUGCGUUAAAUAAAUUCACUUUGCUAUAUUGAGUCAUUUAACAU